AUGCCUGUCGCCUGCUUCCUAUCCUUGGUCUCUCUGGAUGAGCAUCUCACUCGGUGGUUGGACUCUUGUAAUCUCGGCGAGAAGACCACUGAGCCCACUGAUGCCGAUACGCUCCUGAGGAGGCCGAAUUUGUAUGAUGAGCGAGGAAACUCCUGGAGUGAACUGGGGAAAGCAAACGUAUAUUUUAAUAGGACGUUGAGCGAUCGAGUGGGAGUAAGUACGGUUAUGGUCAUUGGUGGGUCGGGAGACUACUUCCAUGUGGCUGAUACUGUCGUGAUGAUGGACCAGUAUGUGCCUUAUGAUGUGACUAGUCGAGCCAAGCAGAUCGCGGCUGAUGAUGAUGUGCAUCUUACUAUCCCGGAAGUUGAUGAGAAUAUCUUUACGGGCCUUCGUGGGAGGUGCCUCGAUCCUCAUACAUUACGAGCUGAUGGCAAAGUACAGUCGAAAUCAUUGCGAUGUAUUUCCUAUGGAUGGACGGAGAUUGAGCUCACCAACGUGGAACAGCUUGUGGAGACGGGCCAGGCUAGGGCUAUUGCUGAUGCUAUACAGACACUAGCUGAGAAGGAUUACACUAGAGGAAGGAGGUUGUCUGACGUUCUUGAUCGGUUUUACGAGGAGAUUCAUCGACAUGCCUAUCCAACAGGUCGAGGAGAUGAGUAUAAGACGGGCCUCGAUGCAGUGCAGAGGGCUAGUUAUCCCGCUGGGUACUAUUCGUAUCCUCGGAAGCUUGAGUUGGCAGCAGCAAUCAAUCGGCUACGGAAGAUGAAGAUAUACUCUGUCCAGUGA